AUGGGCAAAAGUAAGUCUGAUAUUUUAUCCGAGGAGCAAAUUACUACGGGUUUGUAUAAAUUAGCCGUAGGGGAAUAUAAAGGUGGGACAGAGAAUAAUCAGAAGCCUGAAGAAAAGUUUUUUAGAAUAAAUAAUCCCUUAAUUAUUCUCGCCCGCCAUCUGCCCUAUGGUAUUAAAAAAAUGGGUUUUGUUUCUAAUGUUCCUGACGCCCAAUUAUUAAGUUAUAAUGAUAUUAAUUUUGAGGAGCCAAUAUCCGAGAUGGAAAAUUACCGGAUACCAAAAUAUUAUUUUAUUGAUGAAUUAAAUUUUACUGUCGAAGGGAGAGCCAAAAAACAAGCCGAAGGGGAAUUAGCAGAAUUGGCCGAAAAAAAUGCUCGGGGUAGACAAGGAAAAAAAUAUUUUUCAUGGCCUAGUGAAAUUAAAAAAGAAGAAGAUUUUUCCGCAACUAGUCAGCCUGCUGUGGCUAAUCCUCCUGCACCAACCAAGAAAGAGGAAGAUAAACUCACCCCAGAGGAAAAACCGGCUCCUAAAAAAAACUUUCCCAACCAUCGCAGGAGAAUUUCCUCCUUGGACGAUUUUAUCUCUAAUUAUCUAAAAAAAGAGAAAGGAGAAAACGAUGCAUAA